ACAUUGUUAUUUCUAAUAUUUGAUAUAUUUAAGAAGUUUUUUAAAAAGGCAAAUUAAUUCGAAUCUAAACAAAAAAGGUGAAGGCCGAAUCGGCAAGCUGGAAGUUCACUGAAUGUCAAGGGAUUUUGUUUUGAAAAGGAGAGAUUGUGUAAUAAUUGUGUAAACAACGAAGGGGAGAUAAUCUUGUGAAGAGGAGUUCAAGGACAGGACAAAAUGCUGCGUCUGCAGACCCGGGCUGCCCAGCUUAGGCAUGUUGCCAGCUUGCAACUGUCAGAAGGUCCAGCUGGGCUUAAACCUAGGCCAGGGUUCAAGUUGCCAGCAGGCAUUUGUUGCAAUUCUACUUCAGCAAGCAACACAGGGCGGUUAUCACCUACAAAAGAGGUUGGCCAGAUCAAGAAACUACUGGUUGCCAACAGAGGUGAGAUAGCCAUCCGUGUGUUUAGAGCCUGUACUGAGAUGAACAUACGUACUGUAGCCAUCUACUCGGAGCAGGACAAAAUGCACAUGCAUAGACAGAAAGCUGAUGAAUCUUACCUGAUAGGAAUGGGACUUCCACCUGUAGCUGCUUACCUCAAUAUACCUGAGAUUAUACAUAUAGCCAAGGAGCAUGGUGUAGAUGCAAUUCACCCUGGUUACGGGUUCUUGUCUGAGAGAUCAGACUUUGCUCAGUCAGUGUUAGACGCAGGGAUCAGAUUUAUUGGACCAUCACCGGAGGUUGUACGUCGUAUGGGAGAUAAAGUUGAGGCAAGGGAGGCUGCUAUAGAAGCUGGUGUACAAGUGGUACCAGGGACUCCCGGACCAGUUGAGAGUGCAGAACAUGCUAUAGAAUUCUGUGAAACAUAUGGACUGCCAGUCAUAUUUAAGGCUGCAUAUGGUGGUGGUGGUAGAGGAAUGAGGGUUGUCAAAACUAUGGAGGAGAUUAAAGAAAAUUUUCAUCGAGCUACAUCAGAGGCCCAGUCUGCGUUUGGUAAUGGUUCCCUCUUCCUGGAGAAAUUUAUUGAGAGACCAAGACAUAUUGAAGUUCAAAUCUUAGGUGACUAUGCAGGUAAUGUAGUUCAUCUAUACGAGAGAGAUUGCUCCGUACAGAGACGUCAUCAAAAGGUUGUAGAGAUAGCCCCCGCCCCCCAGCUGGCUAAAGAAAUACAGGAACAGAUGACAGCUGAUGCUAUAAGACUUGCCAAGCAUGUCGGGUAUGAGAAUGCUGGAACAGUUGAGUUCUUACUGGAUAACAAGGGAAAUUAUUUCUUUAUUGAGGUGAAUGCCAGGUUACAGGUAGAACACACAGUCACAGAAAAUGUUACAGGAGUAGAUUUAGUGCAGUCACAGAUCAAGGUUGCUGAGGGUAGAACACUGCCUGAAAUUGGACUUACCCAGGACAACAUUAGAUUGACCGGUUGUGCCAUACAGUGUAGGAUGACCACAGAGGAUCCAGCCAGAGGCUUCCAACCAGACACUGGCAGGAUAGAGGUGUUCAGAAGUGGUGAAGGAUUUGGUAUCCGUCUGGACAGUGCUUUAGGUUUUGCUGGAGCUAUUAUCUCCCCUUUCUAUGACUCUCUACUAGUGAAGGUGAUAGCACAUGCUGUUGAUCAUCCCUCGGCUUGUGCCAAGAUGUUGAGAACAUUGAAGGAAUUCAGAAUUAGAGGGGUCAAGACCAAUAUACCAUUCUUGUUGAAUGUGUUGGAGAACCCCCAGUUUCUGUCAGGUGUUGUAGACACCUACUUUAUUGACGAGAACCCACAGCUUUUCCAGUUUUACCCGUCCCAGAACCGAGCUCAGAAGUUACUCCAUUAUCUAGCCCAGGUGAUGGUCAACGGUCCGUCUACACCAUUAGCAACAAAGCUGCAGCCCUCAGACACAAUACCAUCAGUACCAGAGAUACCAUUUGAAUGGCAUUGUGACUUAUCAGAAACUUCUACGUCGGAAAGCGGGUCUGACUCUGAUUCAGAACCUCAGCAUCCAGGAGAAAUUCAUUUGACGAAGAAAAUCCCAGACCCGCCACAAGGAUUCCGUGAUGUGUUGAAGACAGAAGGUCCUGAAGCAUUUGCUAAGAAAGUGCGUGCACAUCAAGGCCUGUUACUGAUGGACACGACAUUCCGAGAUGCCCACCAGUCUCUCCUGGCUACCAGGGUGAGGACCUAUGAUCUCAAAAGGAUCUCACCUUAUGUCAGUCAUAGGUUCAAUAAUCUAUACAGUUUAGAAAACUGGGGAGGAGCAACAUUUGAUGUUGCAUUAAGAUUUUUACAUGAAUGUCCAUGGGACAGACUGAGAACGUUAAGAGAGUUGAUUCCAAACAUACCCUUCCAGAUGUUACUGAGAGGAGCCAAUGCUGUAGGAUAUACCAACUAUCCUGAUAAUGUUGUAUACAAAUUUUGUGAUGAAGCAGUCAAAAGUGGAAUGGACAUUUUCAGAAUAUUUGAUUCACUGAAUUAUCUCCCUAAUAUCAGGGUAGGCAUGGAGGCUGUUGGAAAUGCAGGUGGAGUUAUUGAGGCUGCCAUCUCCUACACUGGUGAUGUAUCUGAUCCUACAAAAACAAAAUAUAAUCUAGAUUAUUACGUUAAUCUUGCUACAGAGCUGGUCAAAUCUGGAACUCAUGUACUUUGUAUUAAGGACAUGGCUGGUAUUUUAAAACCAAGGGCAGCUAAGUUACUAGUGGGAACAUUACGAGAGAAGUUCCCUGACAUGCCAAUACAUGUACACACUCACGACACAGCUGGUGCCGGUGUGGCCUCCAUGUUGGCAUGUUACGAGGCCGGGGCCGAUGUUGUGGAUGUAGCUUGUGACUCGAUGUCAGGAAUGACGUCACAGCCAAGUAUGGGAGCUAUGGUCGCUGCUCUCGAGAAAACAGAUAGUGAUACAGGUAUAUUACUUGAUGAUGUAUCAGCUUAUUCAGCAUACUGGGAACAAGCUAGGAACCUGUAUGGACCAUUUGAAUGUGCUGUCACCAUGAAGAGUGGUAAUGCUGAUACAUACAGGAAUGAAAUACCAGGUGGUCAGUACACAAACAUACAGUUCCAGGCUUUCAGUCUUGGUCUGGCUGACCAGUUUGAAGAGGUCAAGAAAAUGUAUGUUGAGGCAAAUAAACUGUUGGGAGAUAUCCCAAAGGUAACACCAUCCUCGAAGGUUGUUGGAGAUAUGGCCCAGUUCAUGGUGCAGAAUAAACUCACUGCACAAACUGUAGAAGACCGAGCAGAUGAGUUAUCUUUCCCUGGAUCUGUUAUAGAAUAUUUCCAAGGUUACCUUGGAGAGCCCCCUGGUGGCUAUCCUGAACCACUGAGAACAAAGAUUCUUCAAGGCAAGACAAAGGUUGAGGGAAGACCAGGUGAAAGCCUUAAGCCACUUGACUUUGACACGCUAAGAACAGAACUAAGAGAGGAGUUUGGCAAGACUGUAAGGGAAGUAGAUGUCAUCAGUGCAUCUCUAUACCCUAAAGUUACCAAAGAAUAUCUUGAAUUUAAGGAAAAAUAUGGACCAGUAGAUGCAUUGGAUACUAAACUCUUCCUGGUUGGUCCUAAGGUGGCACAAGAGUUUGAGGUUGAAAUAGAGACAGGGAAAACUUUAUCCAUUAAGACAUUAGCUGUAGGUGACCUAGAUAAAGACGGUAAACGAGAAGUCUUCUUUGAACUCAAUGGUCAGCUUAGAUCUGUCUUCAUCAGAGACAACGAGGCUACAAAGGAGAUGCACUUCCAUCCAAAAGCUCUUAAAGGAGUACAUGGUUCAGUUGGCGCUCCAAUGCCUGGAAAUGUUAUAGAAAUUAAGGUCAAGGUUGGGGACAAGGUCGAGAAAGGUCAAGCGAUCCUUGUGUUGUCAGCCAUGAAGAUGGAAAUGGUGGUGAAUGCCCCUGUAUCUGGAACUGUGAAACAGAUCCUGGUAGAAAAUGGAAUGAAGCUAGAGGGAGAUGAUCUGUUGAUGGACAUUGAGCCGAGUUAGAAAUAUUUGUUGUGUUUAUAACAUGUGAAAGUGAGAGAAAAAUGAGUUGUUUAUGGUUAUUGAAAAAGAGUGAUACGUAGGGUAAAUUAGUUAAUAUUUUAUUUUGAUAUUUAAUGAUUGAAGUGUGAAGUUACAUUAACAAUUAGAUUCAGUCAAACUGUUCAUCUGGUUAUCACUUUAGCUCAAAAUUUAUCUAUUCUCUAUAGUAACAAAUAAUGGUUGUAAUACAGAAUUUCAUUUUAAUUCAUUAAACAGCAACUAUUAAUGAUAAAAUCAUUAAAAUUUGAUUCAAAUGAUAUUUUCCUUUAAUGGACCAAUGAUAAUUUAGUUUAUACAUGUAAUUUGUUCCAAAAACAAGAUUAUUUUCUUAAACAUUCUUUAAAACAGGGUAUUUUGAAUUGACAUUUUUGAAUUUCUUUCCUGCUUUAAAUCUGGAACUUACAUAGAAAUUUGAGUUUAACCUUAAGCACGAAAGUUGCCUAUAAUUACUGGUAUACUUUAUAAAUUGUGUGAAAAAUUGUAUGAUCCGAACUACCUAUGGUGUUUGUAUGAUUUUUUUAAUCAAGAAUAUAUACAUGUAUAUUUCACAUGAAAUAUUGCUAUAUUUAAAUGAUAAGAGGAUACCUGGGUUAUUAUUUAUAUACAAAUGUACCUCUUUCUGCUGAAUACCCAGAGUCUGAAGUCAAAAGUGUGAACAUAUGUAUCCAAGCCAUGUAUAUGUAUGAAACAUUUCAUUAUAAAAAGCCAUACCAUUUUAGAAAAUAUCUGAAGCAUAUUCUAUCACAAUGAAUAUCAGAUAUAUGUGUGGUGUUUAUAUGUAUGAUUUCUUUGAAUGUAAUUUUUAUGGAUGGUAUUGAAAGUAAUGUUUUAAAAAUAAGUGUUAGGGUGUGUUUUAUUGAAAAUAAAGAAAAAACAACAAAAUUAUAGUAAAUAAAUGAAAAGGUAUUUCAUAUGAAUGAAAAGUAACCUUAGUAUAUUUGUUAAAAGAGGAAUAAUAUUGAAUGAUAGUGUGUUUUUUUUUCUUCCAUGUUUUCAUUAUAGAAAAACUGGAAAUAUAUACAGGCAUAUCCUGUAUCAUAAUAUCACCAAUAUAUUCCUAAAGAAUACACGAUUUAUACAUGUAGAAGUAGAUUAGUUACUUAUAAAUUAAACUAUGUAUUAAUAGUAGUGACAUUGUAUUUUAGUUAUACAGUUUUAGUUUAUGUACAAAUGUAUAAUGGUUAUAAACUUGUCAUCCUUAGUUAUAUUUAUUCAUUAACUAGAAUUAGAGAGAUACUAACUUCAUGUUGAUUACUUCUGUCAUAGUCAAAUAGUGUUUGGUUUUUGUUGUUGUUGGUAAAAUGGAAUUGAAACAUUUGCCUAUAUACAAAAUGUUUUUAUGAUUGUUAAAGGCACAUUAUGACUCAGAAAUGCUAUCAUUUUUAUUUCUCAAAAACUUUAAAUAUAUAGUAUCUUGUUACAGUUUCCGCAAAAAGUACUUAUUUGCCAUAUAGAUGAACUGUCUUUGCAUCUUUUGCUUUGUUGGCAAUUGGUAUAAUUAUAGUGAAGAAGUAUAUUGUAUGGAAGUUAAAAUACUAUUUGUUUACAUUUUGCUACCUUUACAACAUAAUACUGAACAUUCAGCGCUACUUUCUUCAGCUAUUAAAUAUUUUACAUGCUUUAAAUCCAUUAUCAAAACAUUAUUAAACACAUGUUUGACAUUUCUAAAGAAUGUAAUAAAUAUGGAUUUCUGAGACAUAAUGUGCCUUUAAUUGAAAUUUCUAAAUUGAUGUUUUCCUUGUUAUAUAGUGUUGAUUAUUAACAUUCACAUUUUACAGUAAGUGAAAAUAGUAUACUGAAGUUAUACAUGUAUAAGUAACUUUCAAAUUCAAAGAAACACAGUUCAACAAACUUUAUGCAAACAUACUUGAACGUUUUAAUUUUAUGAGAAAUGAAACAUACUUUAUAUUCUAAUAAUAUAAGAAACAGACUUUUGGUAUGAUAUAGCUGAUGAAAUUAUUUAUAAUAUCUAUGCAUAAUAACUGGAAAUUUAUUGAAAUAACAUUUAUAAUGAAUGAAUAAUAUAUGAAACAUAAUAGGGGUGAUUUGUAAGUAUGUAUAAUUUUGGGUGGAGAGGAUUGUCAUUGAAAUUAAUAUGAUUUAUCUACAUGUAGCUUUCUGCUCUGCUACCUUUCCUAUUAUUCUCAAUACUAAUACUUACAUUAAAGGGCAUUUAUGUUUAAUUUCUUGCCAAUUUAUUACAGAUAAUGGAAUUCCAGAUUGAUUUGAUCUCUUAUGUCUCAGCUUAAAGUGCUAAUUUUUAUGUUGUGGUAUCAUAAACUCAUAUGUGUUCACUAAUUGGCAAUUAGAUAAGUGUGCUUUUUACUUAAUUGAAUAUUGUAUUUUGAUAACAGAUUUUUCAUUUUAUUCUAUACAUGUACCUACAAGAUUUUUUUGUUUGUUUUAAAAACAGUAAUUUUGGAGAAAUAUAAUUAUACAUAGGGAUUGAUAUUUCCAUAUUCUAUUAUGUUUUGUCUGAGUGGUUACCCCUGUGUUUAUUGAAGUGGAAAA